AUGUCACCUCCCACUCCCCCCUUUCCAUCAUUCACUACCGUCAACUUCUACUCGGGCGGUACUCUGAAUCGUCUAUCUUGGCUGCGCGAUGAUGCCAGCUUCCUCAAUACUGCCCUUCAGCAGCCGAACACGCGCAUCGUCGUAAUGCAGAAUCUCAACCCAUUGACGUAUAGCGGCAAGGCCACAGAAGGAGAAGAAGGCUACUUGGCUACCAUGAGCUGGAAUGAGGUCAAGGAGCACGUGCUCAAGGCGGCUAGGGGAAGUGGCAAGGCCACUGAAGAUGAAGACGUCUUUGGUCCUGCUGCCUAUGGUGUGGAGGCUCCCUCUCAUCUCGAAGGACGGGCAUUGGAGGCCUUUGGAAAGGCGACAGCCAGUAUCGGACCUACAGAAGUGGCCUUUGUCUUCCUCGGAGUGGACGAGGAAGGUCAGGAGAUCGCUUCCCUGCCUGGACAGUUGGCUACACGAGACGGACCGCAAGAGGGCGCAGAGCACUCGUCCUCUUCUAACGUCCCUGCCGGUACACCCUACUUUGCCCUCUCCCUCACCUAUAAGUCCAAGAGCGUUGCGCCUUCGGAUGCCUCACCAAUGAAGCCAUUAGAAGACGCCUUGGUCAAUUCGGGAAAGUACGACUUUGUAGACACUCGCGCCCUUGGUCGAGCCGGUGAAUGGCCAAUGCGGGACGCUGCCCUCGUGGCCCAAGCCCGUGCCCUGCUAGACUGGAAUGAGCGCAACCACUUCUGUCCGAGCUGCUCUCGGAGACAGUACAGCGUCUGGGGCGGGUACAAGCGUGCCUGUACCAGCUCUCUCACCAAGCUUGGUGUCACGGCGGACGUGGGCGGUUCGGCGGGUCACUACGUCAAGUCUUUGAUGAGCGCGCGGGCUUUGGAGCAUGAUGUGGCAGACAAGGAGCACGGCGAGUGUCCCACUACCACUACGCUUUCCAAUUGCUGCUACCCACGUACGGACCCAGUGGUGAUCAUGGGCGUCUUGUCGCCUGAUGGUGAGCGGAUGCUCCUUGGACGUCAGAAGAAGUGGCCGCCGGGCUUCUGGAGUUGCUUGGCGGGAUUCCUGGAGGUGGGCGAGUCAUUGGAGGAAGCCGUGAGGAGAGAAGUACUGGAAGAGGCCGGGGUCCCCAUCGAGUCCGUCUGCUACCACUCGAGCCAAAGCUGGCCUUUCCCCAGUCAGCUCAUGAACGGCGCCUUUGGCAUCGCCAAGGCCUCUCCAGGGCACGAUCUCCCUCCCAUCCGUCUCGACUUGGACAACGAGCUCGAAGCAGCCCGGUGGUACACCCGUGAAGAAAUCCUCGCCGUCUUAGACUCUUCUGCCAAGAAGCACUUUUCCCGACAGGACGUCAAACGCAUCGAAGAUGCCCAAAAUCAUGCUGGUGGAGCGGAGCAGAAGGAUCCUGGGUCGAUUGCCAAUACUGAUGAUCCGAAAAAGGGGGCAGCGGAAGUGGACUUUAAGAUUCCACCUUCGACGGCUAUUGCCCAUGUGCUCAUUGCUGCUUGGGCUAGAAAGGAAGCGAUCCUCCCGCUCGCGAAUGGAACUACCACGGAGAGUAGCUCAGCAGUGGAGAAGCGACAGCAGCAGUCGAACAUGUAG